AUGGGUAUACUAUCCUUCGUUGAGGAUACAAAGCCCUCUGAGGUUGAUGAAAGCUCCCGGUGGAACGAAAACCAACCAUCAGAAACGAAAAUUGAAAAAAAGGCUGCGCCAGAGAAAAAGAGCCAGAACAACGAGAAUGGAGUGACUUCCCUUUCAUAUGACCAAGUGAAUGAUAAUGCUGAUGAACUAAUAGAGCUUCGAGGAGAAGGCAGAUACUUUGGUGUUACGGAUCCGGAAAAUGGUAACACCAUCAAUGCCCAGCUGUCUCUAGGCCCUCUAUGUGAUAACUGUCACAAAAGAGGGCACAUACGGUCGAAGUGUAAAACAGUCAUUUGCCACAAGUGUGGUGUUGUCGGAGAUCACUACGAGACACAGUGUCCUACUACGAUGAUUUGUGCCAAAUGUGGUCAGAGGGGCCAUAUGGUGUCGGCAUGCACGAAUAAGAGCAAAAAGAGAGAGUAUUGCAGAAACUGUGACACCUUCAGUCAUGGCAACCACAACUGCCCUAGUAUAUGGCGGUCGUAUAUCACCAAACCUCAACCAAAUCAAGACGAUCUGCUGUGGAAGGUGUCUGAUCUUCCCGUCGUCUUCUGCUAUAAUUGUGGUGACGAUACCCAUUACGGCGACGAGUGUUUCAGACAAAGGUCAUCUCGUAUCCCAAACAUCAACGGAAGCGCCUUCAGCGGAACCAACCUACCCAAGCACCUUAGAAAGUUAUACACAUGGGUCGCAAACGACUCGAGACAGAACAAUAAGAGCUAUUUGAACGGCACCAAGAACAACAAGAAUAACAACAAAAACCAGAAGAACCAAAAACCACUCAAGUCAUCUAAGAAAGACUUUAACGGCGGCUCUGCACAGCCUACGCGGUCUGGAGUCAUCAAGCACAACAAUAAUAAGCAUGGCUUACCACCCAUUCCAACUAAAGUGAACCGCUCGGGUAUAAUAAAAGGACAGAAGCAAAACUCGAGAAACAGCAGCGUGAAGCCCAAUAGAUCGGGAAUAUUACCCAAAAACAAUGGAAGUCGCAAGAACUUCCAGGCAUUUUACUAG